AUGGCCACUAUUGCUGCCGUCGUCGCCUCUUUGCUCGGGGCUGCCAAUGCCCAGGUCCUUGCCCCGACCAACGACAUUUUGUUUCCGUCAACGACCGAGUCUUCGAAUCCUUUGAUCUACUCGGGUGGAAACACCCCGUGGUUUGCGGGUCCCAAUGUCUUCGGUAUUUCCAACGAGGUCCCAUCUCAGUGUACCGUUCAACAGGCAGCCUACGUCGUGAGACACGGUAGCAGAUUCCCCGACUCGGGAUCUUACGAUUCAUGGGUCGCUCUUCAGGAGAAGAUCCAAGCUGCUGUCGAGGACGACUGCUUCGAAGCCCGCGGUGCUCUGUCAUUCAUCCCCGACUGGCAGACCGUCCUGACCGACACCACCCUCCAAAUGUCUCAGGAGUCUAUGACGGGUCGGAAGGAGGCUGUUGAUCUCGGAUAUACCCUGAGGGCUCGCUACCCCGACUUCUACGAAGAUGGCAACCCGUUCUACGUCUGGGCCAACCAGUACGCCAACCCCAUCAACGAGUCGCGGGUGGUUCAGACGGCUCAAUCCUUCUUGCUUGGAUAUAUGUACGAGUACGCCGAUACAUACGGCACGGUCGUCAGCGUCAACUCCACCGGCUCCGUGAGCGCCAUUGGAAACUCCCUCGGGCCCUCGGAUGCCUGCCCCUUGUACGUCAACGACGCCUACGACAACGUCACCGACUGGGACAGCACCUGGAUGCCCGCCGCGAUCGACCGCAUCAACUCGCUGGUCAGCGGCAACCUCACCUUCGACGAGACCGACCUAACCUUCUUCCCCUACCUAUGCGCCUACGAGAGCCAGAUCAAAGGCCGUCUCAGCGACUGGUGCGGCGUAUUCACCCAGGACGAACUGACCAACUACGCCUACUCCCAAGAUCUAAGCUACUACUACGGCGUCGGCCCCGGCUCGUCCGACCCCACCAAGAUCCUCUUCCUGCCCUUCCUCGAGAGCCUCCUGGACCUCCUUGCCGAGGGACCCGGCCAAAACGGCACCGGUCUGAACGGCACCACCUUCACCGUGCCCAACCUGAUCAUGGCGUUCCUGAACGACGACCAGAUCGCCGAAAUGACCGCCGCCAUGGACCUGUUCAAGGGUGAGGAAGCGCUGUCGGAUGCGUACAUCCCCGCGAACCACCUGUACAAUGUCGCGCACUUUAUUACGAUGCGCGGUACUGUUGCCUUCGAGGUUCUGGACUGCGGUUCCGGUAGUGAGAAGAACGCUUCCGAUGAGACGUAUCUGAGGAUUCUGCUCAAUGAUGCUGUCUACCCCCUGCCGAUGUGCAAGGAUGGUCCCGGCAGCAGUUGUCUUCUUUCGGAAUAUGUCACCUACAUCAAGGAUAAGAAUGCCGAGGCGGGUGACUUCAUCGACUACUGCAAUGUUACGGAGGCGGGGCACCCGGAGACGGUUGCCGGGGCGAGCUUCUUUACUGAUCUGUCCUUGGACUUUUUGACCAUGGUCAAGCCUUGA